AUGAAAUUCGACGGCGGUGUUGUAGGUUCGGCGUCGUUGCUUUUGACACGCGUUUCAGACAGCUACGGGCGCCAGCACCGCGUGAGCUGCGCGCAGCGCAUUCAGCAACUGUCCGGGGACACCAUUUUCUGCACAUCCGGGGAUGUCGCGGACCAGCAGUACCUGACCAAGGUCCUGCAGGCUGCCGUCCGUCAUGAGAUGUUGGACCACAACAACGACGCCGCCAGCUGCAAGCUGGACGCCUCUGCGCUGCACACCUACCUGCAUCGCCUCUUCUACUACCGGCGCUCGAAGAUGGACCCGCUGUGCAACUCGGCCAUCAUCGCCGGCUACUCUGCUGGCGCUCCUUUCCUGGGUUACUGUGACAUGUACGGCACGCAGUACACGGACGACUUCGUCGCUACAGGGAUGGGGAAGUACUUCGCCAUUGGCCCUUUGAGGGAGCAGCACCGUGCCAACAUGACCCGCGACGAAGCGCGCUUGCUGGCCAUCGAGUGCAUGAAACUUUUGUUUCUCCGUGACUGUUCUGCCGGAGACCGUAUCCAGAUCGCAUACGUGACGGCUCGUGGUGUCGAGUUCGAGGAGCCAAUGAAGCUCGAGGGCGAGUGGUACGUUCGUAUGGCAUCGGUCUGCACCUUUUACAGGCGUUUCGAGAAGUUCGUGGCUCCCACUAGCAAGAUGGCCAUAGCUGGAUGCCAGUUCUGA